GCCACUGUUACCAUCAUCUGUAAAGAAGUUGUGGCCAAUGUUGAACCAGCAAUGGAGCAGCGUAGAGGUAUAUGCUCCAUUUCCCCUCCGGUUGAUUGAGGGGAGGCCUGUUCCCGGCAGCGGCUGUUUAUGUUUUAUGUAAGUGAUCAUAACGGGGUAUUUCCCAGAGUUUCCAACAAUAAAAUUAAUUAUUAUCAACUGCGUGAACACGUGAUUUUCGAAUGAUAAUAACAAGCGGCAUGCGUUAUGAUGGGGACAAGUCUGAAUCCUAGUGGGUUUUCCUAAAUAAACAUACCUAACGAAGACUUAGGAGAGUUCUUAGGAGGGUUAGUUUGGAGGAGUUUUAGAAAUGUAACUAUAUUAUGUAACCUAUUUGAGUUCAAGUUUGCCCACUCAGCAGUUUAUUUUAAUUUAAACCUGUCAUUUUCUUAUCCAUCGAAAAGGAAAGGGACGGGGAAUCAAGAGGCAUAAAAUUUACGGAACACAAGUUUAUGCAAAAAUUUAAAAACCAAUAAAAAUGUCCGUAAAUUGAUCCUUUUUUAAAUGUAUCAAGUACUAUAGAGAUUUAGAAUUUGCAUUUUGUUUGGAUAAACUGUAUAGUUACUCUACAGAACAUUUGUUAUCUUUAGUUUGACCCAAGUUAUCUAUAAAGUACGUUUCAUUAACAUGCCUACAAUUGUUUAAUAUUUACAAUCAAAAUUCCCCUAUCCCAAAAUGUUAUGUAAAAACUUCCUCGUAAUCAUUAAAAUAAUUAUCAUUUUGUUAAGAAACUAUUCACUGAGCAGUUCUGUUACAUUAAAUAUGUUAAAAUUAUUCUGUAUUUUUAUAUUAGCAUUAAAAACUAUAAGUGCUAAAAUAAGUAUAGAUGUUAGUGCUGGAAAUGACGUAAGUGAUAUUAGAAUAAACUAUACGGGGAUUGAUGUAAAACUAGUGACUGAUCACGAAAUUAAGUUAUUCGAUAUAAGCAAUAGAAACUUGAAGGAAGCGUUGAAGAAACAUUAUGGAACCCAACCUACAAACGUUUAUAUAAAAAGUCCGACACCAUGGGGCGACUUGUACACAAAGUACCAUUGGGAACAAAUAAAAAGAGUGCUGUCGGUGAAAUCUUCUAGAAUGAAAGGCAUCAGGAAGACCCCAGUAGUAGUCCUAUCGCAGGACUUCGAAAAUUUAUUAAACAAUACAAUAAAAGUAAACACGGGAAUAAGUCAAACGGUUGAAAACACGAUAACAACGAGUUGGACGCGAAACAAAGAGAUCGUUAUAUCUCAAGAAGUGGAAUACGACGUCAACGUUUUGUUUUCAAAAAUUACCGGUACAACCGGUUUUUCGUACAGCUCUAGUUGGGGCGAAAGCGAGGAGCGUUCUGAAACCAUAACAAUCGGUACUACUAGCAACGUCGAAACGGAACUCCAGCCCGGGCAAAGAGCAACGGCCAUUCUGACAGCUACCCGGGGAUAUUUGGAAAUCGAAGUGGAAUAUUUGGCAACACUGAGAGGGAAUUUGGCGGUAAAUUUUAAAAAGAAAUAUAAUGGUCAUCAUUUUCACGGCCCACCUAUCGGAAAUGUAUUAAACAGUGGAGGAAUGAGUAAUGAAAAAACUGCAACUGAGGUAAUUAAAGUUGGAUUCUACGCCGACGCCACUUUGAAAAUUUAUGACAAAAGGACAGGACAACCUUUAUAAUUUAAAUGUAAAAAAGAAUUACUAAAGUAACUAUUUUAUUGCUUUGUUUUCCUUUGUCUUAAAGUCAACAUUAUUCAUUAUUCAACGUAAUUAUCAUAAGUAAAAAUAUAGUUUUUUGUUCUUUUAUUAUACCUACUG